CUUCUGUUGCAGCAGCAGCGGCAGCAGCAAGAAGCUAUGAUGCUCCACCUGGUGUUGCGGAGGACCUUAAUUACCCACUUGUGAAUAACCAAGUAGAUAUGCUAAGGAUCACUAAGCGCCUGGUCAUGGCAUUGCAGUUGGGUGAGUUUCUGACAGAUCCUGUGCUGGUGCAAGAAGCGAUAUCACGGCUGUACCGCCUCCUAUGCCCUCUGCUGGCUCUUCCUCCUUUCCCUCCGCGAAGUCUCUACCUUGCAACUGCACUGAAGCCCUGUGAACUCGCGCUGCGCAGUCUUAGCCCUCUUAAGCACGACGACAUCUUGCCCCGCUUGGCGUCCUGCAUUACGAUGGAGCUUUUACGCUUGUUCACACGCGAGAGGGAGCGGCAGGUAUCGAUAGACUUAGCACGGCUGGAUUACAAGGCGGUGAAGGAUGCGAGAAAUCAGCUUACUUCUGAGAGCGUGGAAACGGAAUCAAUCUCUGCGGAUGAGGUGCGGAAGGAGGGCCCCGACACGGUCAAGCAACUGAAGGAUGUACAGGAAAAGGGAAAAGAUAGAGGAAGUUCUGAGCACCAUCCUGCCGAGACAGAGAAAAGGCAAAGAGGGGUUGUGGUAACAAAACGAGGACGUGAUGACGUCUCCACGGAUUGGUUGGAGAUCACUCGGAACAAGCGAAGGCAGACAGAGGUGGCAUUGCUGGAGGAGUACCUGCUGUUGAACUCUGAGGUUGCGGAUGACGCAAUGAAGACCUGUGAAUCUCUGAUGCUCAGGAUGAAGGACGAGGCCGACGUGGCGGCGCAGGUCCUUCCUGCGCUUCGCUCUGAUGCAUCGGUUCUGAAUAACACCCUGGAGAAGCUUGUUUCAAACUUUGCAGACCAUGUCCGCUUUGUGGAGAUGGCAGUGCGUCUGUGCGAAACAAACAUUUCCAGGGGUGAUUACGGUUCUGUCCUCUUGGUUGUCGAAAAGACAAGAGAAGUCCUGAAGGAGAAAGCAAGAGUGGCGCGUUCAAUGGAUGAGGAGGGAGGAGGAGCCAAAGAAGGUGCUGCACACAAGGUGACAGCAAAAGACACAGGUGGCAAGACCACUCCGGCUUCGUCAAAGACGAUGAAGAAGGGCAGUGGAGGGAACCCGAGCAGCAGGCCAACGUCUGCGCAGAAGAGUAAGGGCUCUGCUGCCACUCCCCGUAGCCGAGCGGUGACUCCAGCUUCGGUUAACGAGAGUCUUCAAAAGCAAAAGAAAGAGACUUCAGCUUCUCCUUCAGAUGGAGGGCAAGGUACAGAACUGGAAACAAUACGCAACAAUGCAGCAUCGCUUCUGCAGCGCACGGUUCCUCGUUACCUUGCUAGGCGUAAGAGAGUAAUGGAUUGGAGGGUGUGGCUGGAACGACAGCAUUGCUGGUUGGCACGCAUAAAUAUCUUGGCUGGCCUUGCGCAGUGGAGAAAGAUAGAGAUGGAGAAGGCAACUGGGGUGAAGGUGCAGUUGGAGGAGCGAACGCAAGGAACUGAUCAACGAAAGAGAGAGCAAGGGAAAGAAAGUGCGCGGAAGAAGGAGCAGGUGACGAAGGAGGACGUGCCUGGUAAGAUUGAGGAGGAUGAAAAUGUCGCAAUGCCCCACCUUAAAUGCUUUCUACAAGCAGCCAAUCAUGCGCUACGAGGCCAGAGCUGGCAUGAGCUGCAGAAUGCUGCCCGCUGUUUCUGGAACGCGUCAAAUUCUUUCUUGUUGGAGUGCUUGUUUGGAGGGUCUGCAAUGCCUGAUAACCUUGGAGGCAAGCCACCAGGCACAUCAUCAGCCUUAGGAGAUUUACCUGUCCAAGUUCAAGGGGAGUCAGGUGUUGGAGAGAAGAAGGCAGCAGGAACGACGGUCACAAUGGCCAACCAGAAGACACGACUAGCGACAACCAUGGCGAAGCAGAUGGCCACCCAUGUUUUGCACUUGCUAAAGGUGGCGAAAGGAGGAGUGAUUCUGCACUCUGUCAGAAGACAAGUUCCGACAGGUGAGGAGGAGGCAGUAGAGAAGAGGCAGCUGCAUCAGCCAAAAUACACUGUAACUUCUGUAAGUGAAUCAGAACGGAAGGCAGGGAUUGAGACAGAGCAUCAUCAGGGAGGACUAGGGAUAGCAGGAGGAGCAGGAGGAGGAGAGGGAGGAGGACUAGGGAUAGCAGGAGGAGUAGCAGGAGGAGGAGAGGGAGGAGGACGAGGGGUAGCAGGAGGAGGAGUGGGAGGAGGAGAGGGAGGAGGAGAUCUGGGAGCUGGGGAGCAGAGAAGGGAUAGAGAGGAGAUGACGGUGGUCGACAACGACUGUGCUCAGACUGAAAUCACAGACUCGUCAUCAACAGCAUCGGGUGCACCAAUUGAGCUUUGGUUUCAAUACCGGACAGACAUAGAUGUCACAUGGGCUGCCAGCAUCGAGACGCGUGCGCAGACAACGAAAAGAGAAGAAAGAGAGAGAGAAGGUGUUCUGUUUGAGAUUGUGAGGAGGGGCAAGAGGAGUGUUCGUCCAAGCGUCAGGAGAGAGCGGACUCCUCUUGAGAGCUCUACUGACAUCCCUUCCUCCGGCAUGGCAAACAUCACAUCUGCCCAAUGGCAGGCCAUGCUAGAUGCGGAAGACGAGAGCGAAAGACCGUUCUUCCAGAAACUGUAUGGUGAUGUUGUGCAGAGGGAAAGGGAGGCAGCGGCAACAGCUAGAGCUGCCAACAUUGCUGAUCAGAUGGCUCUCCUUCGGAUCCCGGAAGCCAAUGCUGACCGGUUCCAGGAGGAACUAGCUGCUGCCGUAGCAGCCUUGGUCCGGCUGCGGACCUUGGAAAACCUUGAGUCCCGUGUGACAGCACUAGAGCAGCGAAACCAAGAGCUGCAGGCUGAGAUAACCAGCCUCAAACAGUCUCAACUGGCUKUCCCCCGCCCUCCUAACCCUCGACCUGCYGCAGUCCCGGUCUCUCAACCUAACACAGUCCUCAUGACAAGGGCAAGUGGAACUGUGGCAAGCGCARGAACCAGUGCCAGCUCCUCGAGYRGCAGCGYCRGUAGUUYUGCGCUGGUCAUAGUCCCAAGUGCAGGGACAUCAGCCCAAAACGCCACAGUCCUCACUGGCGUUCAGUACAGCGGUCCCAUGGUGGACAAGCGGGCGGCCACGCUGCCGUCCAAGUACGACGGGAAGGCGRACAUCACCUCCUGGAUUAGUUCCAUGCGGUCAUAYUUCGAGGUCAUGCGGACACCGCAAGAGGACCGAAGUAUGAUCAUGGGGACUAAUACUGAGCCCGCCGUACGRAAUUACAUUGAGCUCCAAGCUGUUGCUGCAGGUUAUGCAAGAAUUGACCUGACUGAGUGGCUGAAGGUAACCCCAGUACGCACCCUUGAGGACCUUCUCAUCGCACGAUACCAAGACAAGCAUGCUGCACUCAAGGCUAGGCUGAAGCUUGAGGCCCUCAAGGGUCAAACAUGGAGGUCCUCCAUGCAAGCUUUGGAACAACACUUGACUGGUCUGUUCACUACUCCAGACCUGGGAAUGGCUGACGUGUCUUGUAUGGAUGUAGUCAUGGGAGUGGCCCCCAAAGAGUAUCUCUCCCUGUUGGCACUCAAAGACCACUCCACCUGGCGAGAGCUUAUGACGGAUCUAGUCAACCUAGAGGCCAAGGACCUCGCCAGGCGGAAGAAGGCGCCCGCUGCAGGUGGGAAACCACAACGCAAGCGGUUUGGAAGCAGCAACCAGCUUGCACUGCAUGAUCAUCGGGAGGCUGAAGAUCAGUUCUAUGCGGAUGAUCUGACUCUAGAUGACGAUCUAAAGCCGGACUCCGAUAUGGGCUGUUCCUCAUCAGCCAUUGAGUCCRACGUAAAUGAUGACGAAAAGCUUAAUGCUUUCAGAAAGACUGCUUCAAACAAGGGGCCGAACCGUGGUUCAGGACUGUUUCAGACUUCAGGGAAACAACAAAAGGGCGUAGAGGAGUCAUCAGCACUCCCUACAACAAGGGAAGCUGGAACAUCAGAUGCAGGCCCCUCCGAUGAGCCUGAAUCUGAUCAACAGCCCACUCUUGAAGCCCGGAACGACGCUGAAACCAAGGCUGCUGCAAUUCAUGUGCUUUACACUGAGCCUUGGGAGGAGUCUAAGGAAGUUGACUUCCACGCUCACAUGGAACACUGGCUGCAGCUCAAGCAGCAACGCCGUGUUCAGGGGAGUGUGGAGCUAACCUUCUUUAAACUGCUCAUCAACCAUCGAUACAUCCGCGUGCUGAUUGAUAGUGGUUCAACCACUAAUUUCUUUUCUCCUAACGGGAUUCGUAAGGCGGGCCUGGGAAUGAAGCAAGUGGAACUGCAGAACCCUUGUCAGACGCAGGUGGGCAACCAAGAGGUUGUCACCUCUACACAUGUUGUCAAAGGUGUGCGCGUCACCUUUGACAAGGACCGCACUGUCAUACAUGAGCUCAACUUCUAUGUCAUGGACAAGUGUCCGUUCGACGCGGUCAUUGGCUUGGGCUGGUUAAAGGCUCAUUGCCUAAGGACCAUGUGGGCGGACAAUCAGUUCGUGGUGCGUGAUGCCAAGGGGAACGAGCGUACCGUCCUAUUGGAUGAGACGCGCGAGUCCCCUGUGACUCUUCUAAGUGCAACCAAAUUCUGCAAAUCAGUGCGCAGGCGCAAGGAGAUUGAGCAUGUACAUGUAGCCUUUGUAAAGCCUAUCCAUGUGCCUUCUACUUUUGCUGCAUUUUCUACCUCAGUAAGUAACUCUACUUCUACCACCUCUACUUCUAAUCCAUCUACUUCUACUGUGAAUAAUCCCUUUUCUUCUGAUCCAAAUGCUUCAAAUCCGGUUGUAAUUGUUGUAAAUUCUCGAACUGAUUUUUUUUCUCCUGAUGAGGAUGAUCCUCCACCGGAAGUCCCAACAAACAUUCGCCAACUAUUAGAUCGAUUCCCUGAAGUCUUGGCCGAACCUCGUGGAGUUCCCAAGCGUCCGGUCAAACACAAAAUCGAGAUAAUAGAGGGGAGUGUUCCUCCAAAGGACUGCGUCUACCGUAUGGGACAAGGCGAGUUGGAGGAGUUGAGACGGCAGAUUGAUGAUAUGAUUGGUGGAUGGAUUAGGCCCAGUGAGUCUGAGUUCAGCGCACCUGUCCUAUUUGUUCCAAAGAAAGGAGGUAAACUCCGGAUGUGUAUUGACUAUCGUGGCCUUAAUCGGAUCACAAGGAAGAAUGUUUACCCUUUGCCUCGCAUAGAUGAUCUGCUAGAUGUGGCAGGUGGGUGCAAGGUCUUCUCCAAGAUCGACCUCAAAUCUGGCUACCACCAGAUUGAAGUUGAUCCGAGUGACCAGCACAAGACAGCAUUCAAGACACGCGACGGGUUGUACGAGUUCAUUGUUAUGCCCUUCGGUCUUACGAAUGCACCGGCCACAUUCCAGUGCCUCAUGGACAAGGUACUUCGCCAUCAAUUCAACAGGUUUGUGGUUGUGUACCUUGACGAUAUCCUGAUCUUCAGCAAGACCAUGGAAGAGCACAUCAAGCACCUUGAGGAAGUUUUGCAGGUCCUCAAGGAGGCGCAACUGCACCUCAACUUGGAGAAAUCUGAGUUUGGUAGGGACAGCGUCAUCUAUCUUGGGCAUCGGUUGUCUGCAAACGGCCUUGAGUCGGAGGCAACCAAGGUUGAGGUCAUCCGAAAGUGGCCUCAACCCGCGAAUGUACGCGAAUUGCGUUCUUUUCUUGAUCUGGCCUCGUAUUACCGGAAGUUUGUGCCCAAAUUCUCUGUCCUUGCUCACCCUCUCUCAAGACUAACCAGCAAGAAUGUUGCCUAUGCAUGGUGUGAGAAGUGUGAGACUGCGUUCCAAGCCUUGAAAGAGGCAUUGGUGAGUCAUCCUGUGCUUCGCAUUGCAGAUCCCAACCUCACGUUCGUAGUCACUACGGAUGCGAGCCAGUUCGGGAUUGGUGCAGUGCUGCAACAAGAUGAUGUUGAUGGCCUGCGUCCGCUCGAGUAUUACAACAAACGCAUGCCCAACCACAAGGUAGCUACUUCCACGUUCUGCCUCUUUGUGAUGGAACUGUGCCGGCAUAAUGGCGCUUAUUUUGGUGCGUCGAGCAUAUGCCGAUCUCUGAAUGCAGUGACGGACAAUGCUUUUGCAGACAAGGCACUGUUUAUCCUGUUGGAUCUAGCAGGGGAGCACCCACUUUCCUUAGAUGCACAUGGUUUUGACAAAAACUUCAUUGAAACAGAGCUUUAUAGAAUCAAGCACGAAAAGAACCCAGCAAUUCGUGCAUUAGAGGAUGCGCGAGGACUGUGGGCAUGGUUGCUUCUGAAAUCCCGGCGAGAAGCCAGGGGCGUACGCGCUUCCCGUCGAAAUUCCUGGGAAAUUCUCGCAAGGAAGUUCAGUGGUGCCAAAGGCCGAGGUUCUCGCAGGUCGACUAGGCACGGUUCGGGAUCCUCCUUGUUGAGGCUACUGGGUGUGCGGCGGAGUCUACCGGGUUUCGCAACCCUGCCACACUUUACGAGUGCAUAUAAAAGUGCGGCUCGACAGUUGGAGGGAUGGAAAGAGACAGGACUCUUUGCUCAGGCACAGAAUGAGCUAGCCGACGUCUCUGCCAAACUAGGUGAUUAUGACCAAGCGAAAUCAUUUUGGCUUGAUUGUGUGGACGCUUCAACAGGGAUAUACAAUGCUUUGCAUAAAUGGCGAGGCCAGGUUGGAAAUUCACCCACAGAGACAUUGCAGAUAUGCGGAGGGGCAUGGCGAUGCCUUCUUGCUACGCUUGCGCUUGGAAAGCUCGUCAGGUUCUGCUAUGUCUCUGACAUGCACAGGCAACGCGAGGCUAGUUUGCUUGCUGCCUCCUUGGUGUCCGCCUGCUACACAUCCAACUUGGGACACCCGCAGCGGGCACUUGACUUUGUGAGCUACACUUCCCACGAGGUCUGGCAUGGCGUUGACCUGUUUGGCGACUGCUACAGGUGCAGUGUGAUGGACCUUUGCUCUUCUCUUCAUGUGUUGAGCCUCAACCUUGUACAAACUGGGGAAUUGCUGAGGAGUCUCCCCAUCUUGUCACUUUACGAUUACAUAGCUUGUUUCAGGCUGCGGGACAUCAGAGCUGCAGUUCAGAGUCGGAUUCUGCGCGGAAGAGCCCUGAUUGGCUUGGGGAGGAUUGCAGAGGCCAUUGAACUGCUGAUGGACCUCAAAGAUGGUCAGAACCUUCCAAGAGAAUCCCUUGGAAGUGUGGGACCUCCACUUAGCAUGGAAGAUUCAGGGAAUCCGGCGAUAACUUCCGUAGAGCGGUCAGGUCGGAGCUUCACGAAAGGAGGCGGAAAGGAGAAGGGACAGAGCCCCACACCAGCCUCCAAAAGUAGGCCGAAAACGCGGGCCAAAAGCCCUUUUUCUGGUCAAAGACCGCCCUCCUCCACAGGACGCAAGGAGCAAACUCCUCAAAGUCCAACAACAGACAAUCAUGCAUCCGUUCUUGCCUCUGGUAAGCCUCUGUUUCACAACAACCGUCGGCUGGAUGACCCACUCAACCAGGCUAUAGUCGCAGACAUUUGCGCAAUGCACUUGUCAGAGUUAGCACCUGCAGUCUAUAGAGGCUAUGGCCAGUAUCUUACCAGUGAGUUGCAGAUGCUGCAUGCUGAAAUUCUUAUCAAGCUUGGAAGUUUUGCUGCGGCAAUGGCGGUUGUGAGGGGGGACCAGAAAUCUAGCACGCCUGGGAAUCCUCGCGAGGAGAAGACAGGUGGGAGACCAGAAACAGUUGCUAAGAGUAAUGAAGGAGGAGGUCAGACGGGCAAGAAGGGGGCGAGCGUAAGCAAGGAUUUAGCGAGACGGAGUAACCCUCAGCAGCAAGGUGAUGCAUCCGUAGAAGGGACAUGCUUCAUCGCUGCUCGCCAGAUCUUGAUGGAGCUUACUGGGGUUGCGAAAACAACACCUGCGCCUGGAGAGAUGAAGUCUCCUAGACGAGCAGAACGAGCAGUGGCGGCCAAUUCACAGGAACCAGUAGUUCCAGAGGAGAGCUUACCUGGACGCGGGCCAGACAUUACCUGCCGUGCGCAAAUUGCCUUGAGUGAGAUAGACAGAAGAGAAGGGAAGGUCCUCGAAGCCCUGACAAAAUUGAAAGAGGCAAUCACAGGGCUGGCCUCGACGGAAAGCAUCACGAAAGUCGAGAUGACUAGCAAAGUCUGUGGCACAAAUGACAUCAAUUGGCAGCAAGCAGCAACUCUUCUGUGGAUGCAAUGCCAGAGAAAGAUGGCAGACCUGUACUUCGAAGUCGGCCACAAAGAUCGCUGUCGGCAGGUUGUCCAGAAUGGCGUCACCUACGCACAAAAGGUCAACGAUAUGGAGUCCGUGUUAAUUUUUCAGGAUUGGGACGCACGGCUGGAUGCCGCAGAAGGCCAGUGCUCAUCGGCAUGUGAGAAAUAUGCCAAGCUGGUUACGACUGCACAGAAACUGCACUGUCUCUGCAGUCCUGAAGACUGCCACCUUGCCAUGGUUUGCCUAAGGUACGGAGACCUUGAGCGGGAGCUGGGAUUUCACACAAGCGCCGCUAUGCUCUAUGAUCGAGCGGAAUCACUUGUCCGUGCAGCUGCAAUUGACCAAGGGGUUGAUGACAUCCAGAAGGACCCAGCUCUACUCAACUUGUAUGCUCCCGCAAUGGCUUUCCUUGCAACCUGUCUCCUCAGGCAAGUCAGUUGCUUUCUGGACGGUUAUCACCGCAGCCAGCAAUCCAUCCCUGUUCUCGUCAGCGAGGAGGGAAGACGAGAACCUCCGCGGGGCGUGAAUGAGCCGCCAAUCACGCGACAGGCAGUUUCGCCAUCAGAAUUCCCUUCGGUGUUAGGUGCUAUGGCAAAGCUUGAAGAGGUGGCUUUCUUGCUCAGAACAUCAGCAAAUGCCACUUCCAGCUUGGAGUGGUGCAUGAAUUUGCUGAGGGGAUUCUUUCAGCAUCUUACCGGGCCUGAGAGCCACGCAGAUGCCAGGGUGCACUUUCUCCGUGCGGCAAACGGAACCAUCGCCGAGGGAAGCAUCCAUGACCGGUGGAUAAUCCAGAGUUGUAUGAAGCAACUUGCUCGCUUGUCGCUGACGAUGACAUCGCCAGACGACAAACCUGAUGAAGACAUGGGGGGACCAGCAAAGCAUUGGGCACAGGCGGCCCAUGCCGCAUUCUAUCUGACGUCAGCAGCCCAGGCGUCGAGCAUGGCGAGCUUUCUCCAGAACAACUUGCAUAAGCUAGUUGUUGGCAUUCAGAAUCCGGCAGCCAUGCCGGAAUUUGCUCUGCGGCACAUCAUCGCUGCAGAGUCGUACCGUCUUUGGACCCGGACACUCCCACCUUGGGCGGCAGCUUCCGACAAGGAAGUAGAAGUAUUAUCCUCUCCUCUAUCCCCCGACAAGAAAGAGGCGAAGAAAGAGGCAUCAUCAAGUAGCAAGACUGCACCUGUUGCCGACAAAGACCUCCCCAAACUCCUCAUCUCCCAUUACCGCCAUCUGCUGAUGCAGCACAAAAUGGGAGGAAUGGCGUCCGAUCCUUCUUCCAUUGCGUCGCGCGAGCAACGCAUCCUGAAGAUCCACAACUUUCUGCGAUCCAACUGUGCAGCAUACGAAUCGGAGUGCUGUUUUCCAUCGCCGUUCACCCCUCCCACCCCUCAGAACAACAGUAAGUCUAGUCUGAAGCAAGGGCUUGUCUGCAUCCAGUGGCUGCCGCCAUCACCAUCGCUCCUCUGGGCUCUGCCCAGGGAAGUCGAGGCAGAUCAUAUCCGCGGAGCACAGUCAGUGGAUGUUCUAAGUCUCGGAAGAUUGCGACAAUCACCACCGCUGACGUUGAUAUAUCUUUUCGUGCUCAGAGCUCCAGAGGAGAUAGGAAAGACAUUGGCAAAAGACGGCACUGCUGGCACUGCUGCUAGUAAGCCGGGCUUGGCCGGGGACGGUGAUGCAACGCCGGCCCAGGACACACCCGCAGACAUCUCGGGCACUGACGGCAUUCAGUACGGUUGCCUGGAGAACAGAUUUCAGUACCGUAAUGUGUUUGAAUGCGCUUUGAUUGCAAAGCAAACAAGAAUGAAGCUGGAAGAUCUUCAGAGGUCCUCAGCAGGAGCAGAGAUCAGCAGUAAUGGAAGUGCAACCAUGGCUGCUGCUGAUGAUUCAGGAAAAUCGGACGACGCGACAGCAGCGAUAGACAUAACCAUGAAGGAGAUUAUGGAGCCAUGUCUUGUGAGAGUGGUGCAACUUUUCGCAAUAACUGGAAACCCUCCCACUGAGACGAAGGGGGAGGUGUCAUUAGCUUCUUAUUAUCGAAAAGGGGGCAUGCAGCGGGCCAUAUCUCUGCUCACUGGACUAGAAGCAGCUUUGAGCAUACGCGAUGGUGUGAGUACCGUAAAUGAUGCCCUGGUGCAAUUUCUCUCACCACUUGUGAAGGAAUAACUUCUUUGGAGAAAGAUGAAGCCCCUUCCCUGACAUUGUUCUUGUAUUCUACACUCUCUAACAUCAUGGUUUGAACUCAUCACUUGUCAAGCUAUGACGUAGACAGCACGAUAUACCCUUCUUUUUUCCUUUUUCUUUUCUUUUUUUUUAACAUCCGUGGGCAGGUGCCACAGGGGGUGAUACAAGCAUGCCCCCGUGAUACUCUCCCGGCACUGCGGCGGCAGAUGGGUCCUGUCUAUCGGUGGGGAGCUGCACCUGCUGGAAACCACGUCCAGCAUCCCUUAUUCAGAGAGUACAACUUUCAGAAAAGUACAGGGGCAAUUACCCGGC